UUGUUUUCAUAUUUGAAGAUCUUAAUAAGCUGCUGUAUGUAAAAAUUCAAUAUGUUUGAUGAUGAAUUCUUUCCUCCUCCAGAGGCUCCAGUUUUUGAGCCAAAUGAAGAAGAAUUUGCUCAUCCACUUGGAUACAUUGCUAAGAUCAGACCUAUAGCAGAAAAAGCAGGCAUUUGUAAAAUACGGCCUCCACCUUAUUGGCAACCCCCAUUUGCUAUUGACGUAGAAAAUUUCAAAUUUACACCGAGAAUACAGAGACUUAAUGAAUUAGGUAUUCAAACUCGGAUUCGACUUCAAUUCAUUCAGAAAGUAGCUAAGUUUUGGGAAUUACAGGGUACUACAUUCAGACUGCCACACAUUGCCGGCUCUCCUUUAGAUUUGUAUGGUCUCCAUGAGACUGUAAGGAAAUUGGGGGGAUUUGAAGAAGUCUGCAAGAACCGCCAAUGGAAUGCCGCAUGUGUAAAGUUAGGAGUUGCAAAAAAUUUUUCUGCAACAAUAAAACAACAUUAUGAAAGAUUGCUGUAUCCAUAUGACAUAAUGGUUUCUGGCGUUCUUCUUGAGAGCCUUGAUGGCUCUGGGAAACCACUUCCAAGUUUUUCAGGAAGAUAUGGAGGGAAUAGCAAGGUAAAACCACAGAGAGAGCAAGAAGAUGAAAGUGAAGCUGCCCGCCAGAAAAAUAAAAGAAGAACUAUAGAUGAUCCAUCUCUUGUUGUAGACGUAUCAAAUAACAAAGAACUUGCCAAAUUGCAGCUUUUUGGUGCAGGCCCAAAAAUGGUAGGCCUGGGAUUAAUUGCUAAGAGAAGAAAUCGAAUAAAAUCAGAAGAGGCAAAUAAAAAAGAAAUUAAAAGUGAACCUGCACCCGCUACUAUCAAAAUAGAACCGAAGAAUGAGGAUUGCAAAAAUAUAUUUGAUUUGAUGGAUUACAACGGGGAAAUAGAAACUAAGAUAAAGCCAGAAACUGCAAUUCCUACCGCAACAGUUGACACAACCUCAAUAAACACACGAAAGAAGGGUUCAGAACAGCUCCCAUACUCCAUUCUUGAUACAAUGGGUAAUUGUAAAGUUUGUCUGAAGGAUCACAAUGACACUCAACUUUUACUCUGUGAUGGAUGUGAUGACAGUUACCAUACCUACUGUCUGAUUCCACCAUUGAACCAAGUUCCCAAAGGGGAUUGGCGAUGUCCAAAAUGCUUGUCCAAAGAAUGCAACAAAGUCAUAGACGCUUAUGGUUUUGAACAAGCAAGAAAGCAAUACACACUACAAAGUUUUGGAGAAAUGGCUGAUGCUUUUAAGUCAGAAUAUUUUACAAAACCUGUUCACAUGAUCCCCACUGAGUUGGUUGAAAGAGAAUUCUGGAGAUUAAUUGGAUCAAUAGAAGAGGAUGUUGCAGUGGAGUAUGGCGCCGAUAUUCAUGUUCUUAAUCACGGAAGUGGAUUUCCUAGAAUGUGCGACAAAGAGAAACAUCCACUUUCUGCUGAAGAAGAGGAUUAUGCAAAAAGUGGAUGGAAUUUAAACAAUCUACCAGUUGCGAAACAAUCAUUACUAAGUUAUAUGACUGGUGACAUGUCAGGAAUGAAAAUACCAUGGGUUUAUGUCGGUAUGUGCUUCUCUGCUUUUUGUUGGCACAUUGAAGAUCAUUGGACAUAUUCUAUCAAUUAUCUUCACUGGGGAGAACCAAAGACUUGGUAUGGUGUUCCAAGAGAAGAUGCAAUCAAACUGGAAGAAGUAAUGCAAAAUACCGCACCUGACCUAUUCAAGAACCACCCUGAUGUUAUGCAUCAUCUUGUAACCACUAUCAAUCCUUCAACUCUGAUGAACAAUGGUGUGCGAGUUGUCCGAACUAACCAAUGUGCGGGUGAAUUCAUUGUUACCUUCCCCAGGGCAUAUCAUGCAGGUUUUAAUCAGGGAUAUAACUUUGCAGAAGCUGUGAACUUUUGUCCAGCUGAUUGGAUACCUAUUGGCAGACAAUCUGUUGCUCACUAUCGCGCAGUAAAAAGAGCAUGUGUGUUUUCACACGAAGAAAUUUUAUGUAAAGUCGCCAAUAAUCCUGACGUUUUAGAUGUUCAACUUGCAGCUGCUGUUUACAGAGAUAUGCUUGCUAUGCUGCAAGAGGAAAGAGAAGCAAGAAAGAAACUUCAUGAGCUUGGUGUAUGUCAAGCUGAAAGGGAAGCUUUUGAGGUUGUACCCGAUGAUGAACGUCAGUGUUUCAUCUGCAAAACAGCAUGCUUUUUGUCCGCAAUUACAUGCCCAUGUAGACCAGAUCACCUUGUCUGUACGUUCCAUGUCAACAGGCUCUGCAGCACUUGUGAUCCAAGUAAAUUUAUACUUCGAUAUAGAUACACAUUGGAUGAAUUACCUCCAUUGCUUCAUAAGAUGAAAUUGCGAGCAGAGUCUUUUGAUACAUGGACUACAAAAUUAGGCGAUGCGUUUUCAAGAUUUGAAAACAAGUAUACAUUACACGAAUUGAAAGAAUUGCUUGAAGAAGCUGUGCAAGGAAAAUUUCCAGAAAAUGAUUUGCUGCAUCAAUUGCAGUCAGCUGUACGGGAAGCCGAAAAGUGUUCACGAGUUGCCCAACAGCUUGUUGUGGUUAGAAAGCACAGGACUAGGCAAAAAGAAAUUCAUUCCACAGCUGGUAUUAUAACUCAUCCAAAUACUUGUUUAUUGACGCUGGAAGAAAUAAGGGCGUUUUAUCUACAACUAUUGGGUUUACCAUGCACAAUUCCAAACUUGGAUCAGGUUUCUGAUUAUAUAAAGCGAAUUGAAAAAUUCGUUACUCAAACCGAAAUUAUUCUGCAAGAGGAAGAACCUUGCAGUCAUAACAUUGCUGUUUUGAUAGAGGAUUCACUAGAUUUUGAUCUGGAACUUCCACAGGUGACGUUACUACACCACGCACUACAACAAGCAAAGUGGUUAGAAGAAGUCAGAUCUUGUCUUCUAUUGGACGAUGAAAUGAACGAUUGUGAUCCUCCACCAUCAUUGAUAACAUUGGAGCAAUUAAGGAAGUUGAUAGAUUCUGGUGUGUCUGUGUCACCUAGGCCUGCUGUUGAACGUGCAAUGGCUGAGUUGCAGGAACUUCUCAAUCUUUCAGAAGCAUGGGAGGAUAAGGCUAAAAGCUUUCUCGAAAUGAAGGAAAAAGGCAGUCUAAAAACAGCAGAAGUUAUCACAUCCGAGUCCCAAAAUGUUCCAGUGCAACUUAUACAUUGUGCUGAGCUACAGGAAGUGGUUGAAAAAGCAAACAUUUGGGAGAAAAAGUUGCAUACCAUUCAUAAUCAGGAUUACUAUCCAUAUCUUGAGGUUUUGGAAGCUCUCCUUCUACAAGCAAAUUCUAUGGAAGUCAAACUGUCUCAGUUACCAAUUUUAAACACACAAGUUGAAGCAGCACAAGAAUGGAAAGAGAGAACUUGUCGAGCUUUCCUAAAGAAAAACACAAUAUUCUCUUUGUUUGAAGUAUUGAGUCCUCGUUCUGCAGAAAAUAGGGGUCAGACUAACUUGAAAGCAAUGCGAAGAAAAAUCAAAGAUGCACAGACAGAGCAGCAACAAAUGAUUGAAAAAUGGGCCAAAACGGAUAAUUUUGAUAUAAAAAAUCCUAUUGACCCUGCUGAGGUAGUAGCAAAGUUCAAGGACAUGGAAGAAAAAGAACUAGAAGUCAUGAAAGAUAUGAGAUCGCGGAACAAUAGAAAGAGCACAAUAACACCUACAAAUAUUGAAGUCAAAUCCGAAAACGACUCGUACUGUGUUUGCAAACGUCCAUCAUCCGGGUUCAUGCUUCAAUGUGAACUCUGUCAUGACUGGUUUCAUACUUCUUGUGUGCCACCGAUUAAAUUUAAUAAGGAAAAAAGCAAAGUACAACAGGUCUAUGAGCUAAAAUUUUUAUGUCCUUUAUGCCAUCGCUCAAGGAGACCACGGUUAGAGGUUAUUUUAUCUCUUUUGCUUCAACUCCAGAAAUUGCCUGUUCGGAUUCGUGAAGGUGAGGCUUUACAGUGUUUGACAGAACGUGCAAUGAGUUGGCAGGAUCGUGCAAGGGAUAUUUUAAAAGCCCCUGAGUAUGCAGCAAUAAUAAAAAAACUAAACAAGAAGAUGAAAGAAAAUGAAAAAUUAUGGCAGGAACAAGAAAAAAAGAUUUCAACCGAUGUCCCUAAAAUUUCCCUCACAAACGGACACAACUCGGAAAUAGCUUUAUCUGCCACUGCUAGAAGAAUGUCUUCAAUUGAAUCAAUUAAUGAUACAAUUGAUAGUGUUCUUCGAAAAUCAUGUCCACAGGAAGAGACAAGGACUGUAGAUUCCUCAGGUGUUGAUGCUCUUCUAUCUGCUGCAUCAAAGACAGAUACUGAACAAGAAGAUGUAAUGGAGGCAGCAGAAGUUUUGGCAAUGAUAGCAUGUGCUUCAAAUCAUCACCAAUCUCAAGUCAAUGCUGAAGUAGAGAGCACUAAUCCAGCUUCAAAAAUAGAAAACAAUCCGUCGCAUCAACCGGAUACUGAAGUGAAAGCGGUUAUUACCAGCACUACUAAUGAGCCAUCCAUAAAAGACAUGGAUAAGGUUGAUGAUAAUCACAAAAAAGAUAAUGCUAUUGAACAACCAAUUGCAGUUUCUGAUUACGAACAAACUUCAAAAGAAGAAAAGUCUGAACAAACACCACCUCAUCCAGUUCAUUCUGAAGAUAUUACUUCCACCAAAGAGGAUGUUGCUUCAGCUGAAGUAGUUGAUGAACCUUCUUUAGAAGUAAAAGAACUCAGAAAGGAAACUGAGGAAAUUUUAAAAGGUCCUCUUAUUGAUCUCCCAGAUGAGAUGAAAACGAUACUGGAAGAGUUGAUGAUGGAAGGAGAUUUGCUGGAAGUUUCUUUGGAUGAAACUCAGCAGAUAUGGAAAAUAUUGCAGGCAAGUCAACCUAUUAAUGAUGAAAAAUUUUUAGAAUUGUGUGAAUCAGAAGCUAGCCAAACAAUACUCAAAUCUAACAGUCUUGACAAAGAAGCCGACAGAAAACGGAAAAAGAAAGAGGAAGUAGCCAUAACUAACUUUGCUGAGAAAAGGAAAAAGAAACAGCGUAAUUCAACCGAUGGGACUCCAUUCUCCGGAAAAGACAAUAAAAAACAUGAAAAGAAGAAGAAGAGAAAAAGUGAAGGAAAGCAAAGCGUUCUUGAUACUUUUGUUGCUUUUGAUGACGAUGAAUAUGCAUUUUGUGCCGUUAAAGAAGCUACUGGUGGCUCAGUGUUUUGCCAACAACCAACCGGGGAAGAAGUCGAUUGGUUACAAUGUGAUGGAGGAUGUGAGGGAUGGUUCCACUGUGUCUGUGUUUCAGUAUCUCCUGAGGAAGCAAGAGAGUUAGAUUAUGUCUGUGAAAAAUGUGCUGCAGCGAAACUUGCAAAUUUCGAGUUGAACCUUUGUGAAGAUAUGCCCUCACAAAUUGAAAGGCAGAACUCUGACUGCAGUAGUGGGAUGGAGGUUGAUGUUACAAAUAGUACACCAUCCAUGUCACCUGCACCUGUGGUCUCUGCACCUCUUUGAAAUCGGCAUUUCAAUGCAGGUUACUUUUACACAUCGGUUUAUGAUUGUAAACCAUUAGCAGAAGAAAAAUGGUGAAUGCAAUCAAUCGAUAAAAGUUUCAGAAUGUCAAAUAUAUCAGCCAGGACUUCGCCAUCUGAUCAUACUUGGCAGAGCAUUGAUUUUGAGGCUCUUUUUUGCCACUUCAUUGACCAGGGAUGAUCAGAUGAUGAAUUUCUCACUGUGACAUUCAUGACACUGUUAUUAUUAAACAUUUGUUUGGUCAUUGACCAAUUUUUGAUGAUGAUUGCCUAAAGGUUUUUUCAACCGAAACCAAAUGGAUAUAAUGUGACAUGUAUUUUAUUUGUGUUAUUCCUUCAAUUCUCUUGGCAGACUUGAAAUAAUGAUAACUUAUUUCAACAUUUUACACCUAACUAAUCGUUAAAAAAAAUGAUCAUUUAUCCAUUGAUUUCGAAUUGCAAAAAAUUCAAGGCGAAAUAUUUACAGGGAUUUUUUGAACCCUAAUAUGAAAAUGAUUCCAUCAUCUUAUCAUAAAUUUAAAUGCAACAUUCAGUUUUUCUUGUUUGUUAUGAUGGACUCUCAAAUUUCAAGUAGUAUCAACAGGUCAUAGUUGGUCUAAAUCUUUGGAAUACAUGUAAAUUUACACAUUUUCCCUGGAAUACAAUGUGUUAGAAAUUUUUUUGUCAUUUAUUUUUAAAACACAAUUUCAUUACAUGGUUGAAAUGUUAAUUUCUUUUUUUGUUAAAUGUACUGUGUAUCAUUUUUGAUGUACAUAAAAGUAUGUACAGUGUAUUUCCAUUUCAUUAAUUUUUUACCCCGAUAUACCAUGUUUUUUUUUAUUUAUAUACAUAUAUAUGUAAACAUAUUUUUCAAAUUAGGGUAUAGCGCAUCUCUUAAUACAUAUAAUUGCUAUCCCUCUAUCCAUUUCGUGAAUGAAAAAUGUGAAAAACAAAACUACUUUCUCUGCAUUAUAUACUGUACAGAAAAUUUUCUGACAAGUGAAAGAUUCUAGGUAUAAUAUCCAUUCUUGUGUUUAGCAAUACCAAUAUACAGAGUGUUCAUGAAACCUUUAAAUUGCGAAGGAAAUUUAUCGACACCGCCAGGCAUUACCGGAGCAUUAAAUGCAGUUAAAAAUACAUAAAUGAGCAAUGAUUAAAUUUAAAACAACCCUGAUUAACAUAUAUUGAGAAUUGGCUUUAUAAAAAAUUUGAAAUUGUAGCUAAAUUGAUGAACACUCUGUAUUUUGAAUUGUUGUUGGUUCUGUUUGUUCCUGAUGAAGAAAAACCGACCAGUCCCAGUCAUUUUACUGCAGUUAUAUUCCGGAAGUGAUGACAUCUUAUCAAACCUAUUUGUUUGCUAACUGAAGUUUCGCAAUCAAUUUGAAUCGUUAAGUACCAUAUACACCAUCAGUUGGGUAUAUUUUAUUGCAAUUAAUUACUACUGCCAUUUUGUUUAAAAAUGACCCUCCCCCCCUCCAUAUUUCUUUGGUGAAAAAUAAAUGAAAACAUUCAGUUGUCAAUGUAGGAAUAACAAAAGCUCAUGUUCCUUGUUUUUAUUACUAAAGUUUCUUUUGUUUUCUCUAAACAAUAUUUUAAUAUCGUCAUCUGACCAUUAUAAUAUUUUUAUGUACAUAUUGUAUCAAUAUUUUCAUUUUUUGUUUUCAAUAUCAGGGAGUGUACUGCAUUCAUAAUUGGCUAAUGGACUAUUAUACCCCAUUCGUCAUUCAAGUAGUUACUUUCUGGUUGUUUUUAUUCGUUCAUAAAAUGAGAUAAUUGGUUCUGA